GAAUUUGAAUCGGGAAGCGCUCUCCAGUACCGCAAGAUCUGGUCUCAACCUAUGUGCAAAGAUGUUGACAAGUUUGCUGGGGCAUUCACGUUGCCUGUUAGCUGGCUGUGAGAAACAAAUUGGGACUGAUUCUCCACAAAGUUCUAUAUUUUUGGAUCCUGGGUCAUUAAGUCAGGAAAGUUGGCACCAUGAAACAAUUUUUUCAUCUAUUGACGCCAAUGGAACUCUAGGAGAGCUUGAUUCAAUCACUCCUAUAAUGUCACCCAUAAUGGGUCAUGAAAUGCCAUUUCAAACUGGUAGAACAUCCUAUUCUUUUGAAAGUAAAAGACUUGCUGAGAAUAGGGCCAACUGUGUUCCACCAGCAUUUUUUGAAACUCCAAAGGCAAUGACCAAGGUCAUCCCAUUGCGGAGGAGACUUCUCCAGUCACAUCUGGCCUCGGAUGGAAGUGUGCAAUCGUCCAAAACUCCUCAGCAAUCUCUUGAAGUUAAUCCGUCAAACUAUUCUUGUAGCAGACUAUAUUCUGAAGAUGGAAUCUGUUUAGACAGUUCGUUGGACUCUCCAGGAGAUUUGAAUUUUGAAGCUUUGGGAGUCAGCACUUUAAAAGGUGAGGAACGUACCACUUCAUGUAGAAAUAAGAGAUAUUUAUUCGCACAACAACGAACCUCCACAGUUGAUGAUUUAAAGAGUAAAAAUCAGCUAGCACCUGACAAAUGUGCAACUCCAGAUGGAUUCCCUAUAUACAAUCUAGAUAUAAGCAAUCUCUGUUGCUCAAGAGGGAAUACAGUAUGCUCUUUGACCGAGCCAUUUAAAACUCCAUCUGGCAGUGGAAAAGUUACUGUAAUUGAAGAGCAUCAAUUUCUUACUCCAAUGAACAAAUUUGCAGAAAACCUUAAUCUAAACUUGCCUCUGUGCGAAAGUUUACCCAGGAGCCCUUCACAUGAAAAACUAGAUGCCUCAAUAACUGAAGAUAGUGGCUAUAAUUCAGUUGGCUUAGAAAAAUCUGAUUCAUUUUCAAAUCACGAAGGUUCCUUCCAGGAGUUAGUACAACUUGAGGAAACUCCUAAGACUGUGGAUCACAAAAAACAUUUAAGAACUUUAGAGAGAAGCAAGCGACUGUCCACUCUCAGGGAACGAGGAUCCCAGUCUGAAGCAGAAGAUGAAACCAAAAACGUUGUCCUGAAAGGGUCAGGUUACAUAUUGAGAGAUUCAGAAGUUUCUGUUACCGAAGACACUGUGUUUGAGAAAGAAGCAUGCAAUGAGUCCCUGCUAGACGUUGAAGAUCUGUCUUACAUGCCUGCCUUGCAACUAGUGAAGGAAAUGUGCAUGAGAAAAAGGAAAAGGCCAGAGGAUCAGGGUUUACUCACACUGGCUGAAUCUAAGCUAUCGCUCCCAGGGCUCAUUGGCAGAAAAAUGGGUUUAGAAAAGGUGGAUAUGCUGAAAGAACUUCUGAGCAGGAAUUUGAUGCACAUCCUCACUCUAAUUUUAGGCUACAUAAGCGUGGAGGAUAUCUGCAGAGCAUGGAAGGCAAGCAAAGUUUGGAAGAAAAUUAUCAAGCAAGAUAAGACUGCAUAUCUCAAGAGGAAGCGGUACCUGGAUAAAAUUCGAGAGUUAAAAGUGGGUAGUUUUCCAUGGGCCCCGGAUGCUGAAACAAGGUGUAAUCUCCCAAAUCGGUCUGCUUUUAAAACUGUUCAGGCUCAAGCCCUCACACGAACUCCACAGCGACAAGUUGAUUCUGCAGAACGCAGCAGUAAUCCAAGAUCAGCCAGUAAACGAGAGGAGUUUCUGAAGAUUGCCAAAACUCUGUUCAACAACGAGGCUCUAAAACCAUGCCCACGCUGCCAAUCGCCUGCCAAGUAUAAUCCAAUGAAGAAACAGGGUCUCUGUAGUUCGGACGAUUGUGCCUUUGACUUCUGCACACAAUGCUUCUGUGCCUUCCACGGGUCCAAAGAAUGCAGCAGCAGGUCCGCCAAAUGCUUGGGCAAAAAGGAGGCUGCGCCUGGAAGUGCACAAAGCAAACGGAAUUUGAAAAGACUGUGAAUUUGUACAUAUGAAGAAUAGAAUUCUCUUGAGCCUUUUUUCCUACCUCCAGUUUUAUUGGCCUUUUGUGCAUCGUUACAGAAAUGCUGCAAAAAGCCCUUUUUUUAGAGCUGUAUGCCACAGUACUUCUCAACUUUUAUGUAUUUUUCUCUUAGAGGGAAAAUCUGAAAUCUUAGAAUUCCAAAUUUCCUAUUUGUUUUGAAAUUGCCUAUCUGAUCUUUGAUGACUUUUUUUCCUCAUUCUCGGAUCUGCAGCAAAACCUGAGCUUUACUAUGGGUAAAAAUCCUUUCUGAUAGAAUACUCCAGAUGUGAUUAAUAUUAAAAAAACUGCUUCUCAAUUUUUUUGUUUGAAUUCAUCCUGGAUCCACGAAAGUGGAACAAGAAUAGUUCAGAUUACAAUCCACAACAGAGUCCUCAUUUUGAAGGUUAAUUGCUCCUUUUGUAAAUACUCUUGCUUGUUUAUUUUAUUCCAUAUUCUGGUUGACUUUGCACUCUAAAUGAGAUUGAUGUCCGGGCUAUCUCUCCAGUGCAUUGCUGGGGUCAGAAGUGCUGUUUCGAUGAGAUGCUAAACCAGACAAGCUGCCUUUUCGCUUGGAUGGUAAAAAUUUCACGGCACUAUUCAAAAAGUGACUAGAGUUUCUUCCAGAGUCCUCGAUACAGACCUCCAGAUAAAUUGGUCGUUUAUCUCACGAUUCUUUGUGGUACCUUGCAAAUUGGCUGCAGAAUUGCCUUACAAGUACAAACCCUACAUUUUGAGGACAAUUGCCUGUGAGGUGCUUUAAAAUGUUUUGACAUUAUAAAUGUAAUAUCAAAU